AUGCAUUUCUUCAAGAUUUUGGUUUACAAUAUUGUGUGUCUUUCCCUGGCACUAGCAGGCGUCAUCGAUGAUGGCAGCGCUCGUAGUGUCACAAGUUUUACUGAGAAUCAGGAGCUGGAGAGAGCUGUUCCUGAGCCGGUCGCCAUUACAUCAAAUAGCAAAGAUGUGCUACUCAGUUCGACUGGUAACACAAAAAGAACCGAUCUCGACAAGACGGCUGCCGGAAAUGAGGAUAUGCAAGAUCGAGGUCCAGGCAUCCUACCCGCGCCGCAUGACGCUGAAUUAGAAACGAUGGAAGUCGAAGAACGCGAAGUUGCCAUCACCAACGAUCUCAUCGGUAGAGAUGAUCCUUAG